AGCUAAUUGCAAAAAAUUGAGGUUAUAAAACAAAACAGUGAUAUUUUUCCCAUUUUCAAUUAAAAUUAUAAUAUUUAUAAUUGUUUUUGGUUAUAAUUUCUUAUAAAAUAAACUGUAUCAGGUUCAUGGAACCAUGAAGAAAAUACCGGAGCAGAAGUUGCAAGCUUUCUCUGCCGGCUCAAUGGGAGCCCGGAAUCUGUCAAAGAAAGAGCUAGAAGAAUUACGGAAGAAGGAAGAAGAGGAAGCUGCAGCUCAUGUGUUCAAAGAAUUUGUGGAGACAUUUCAAGAAGCACCAAGCACCACCUCUAAGGUUUGGGUGAAAGCUGGAACUUAUGAUGCUGGUGCUAGAAAGGAAGACACCUCAGAGCGUGGUAAGCUCUACAAGCCGACAUCAAGGUUUGAGGACAAGCGCCCCAGCGCCGAGGAUGUUGUCCGGAGUUUGGCGCAGCGCUCCACCGAGCAGACCAGGCUCAGAGCCAAACAGAGCAAGGAUAAGAAGAAGAGCAAUCUUGAACUGUUUAAGGAGGAAUUGAGAAUGAUACAGGAAGAGCGCUCAGAGCGGCACAAAUACAAAAAUGUCCUGCGGGAACGGGGCGCUCCUGUGGGCGCCGAGCCCGCGUCGCUGGAGCUCCUGCCCGACGUCGGCUCCUACGAUACUGGAGACCCCAACACGACCAAUCUGUACCUGGGCAACCUCAACCCUAAGAUAACAGAGCAGCAGUUGAUGGAGAUCUUCGGCCGCUACGGGCCGCUAGCUAGCAUCAAGAUCAUGUGGCCGCGCUCCGACGAGGAGAAGGCCCGCGGCCGCAACUGCGGCUUCGUCGCUUUUAUGAGCCGUCGGGACGGCGAGCGAGCCCUGCGGUGUAUCAACGGCAAGGAGAUAAUGAGUUACGAGAUGAAACUAGGGUGGGGCAAGGCCGUGGUGAUCCCGCCCGUGCCCAUCUACAUCCCGCCCUCGCUGCAGACGCCGUGCCAGCCGCCGCCGCCCUCCGGCCUGCCCUUCAACGCGCAGCCGCCCAAGCAUAGGGCCAAUAAGAUACCGCGAGUCAGGCCGGGCGAGUACUACCCGAGCGACCCGGAGGACAGGCAGGCUUACGAGGAGAUACUUUCACAGUCGAUAGUCAAAGUAGUGAUUCCAACUGAGAGAAACAUCCUAAUGCUGAUCCACCGCAUGGUGGAGUUCGUGAUCCGCGAGGGCCCGAUGUUCGAGGCCAUCAUCAUGAACAAGGAGAUGAACAACCCCUUCUUCCGGUUCCUGUUCGAGAACCAGUCCCCCGCCCACGUGUACUACCGCUGGAAGCUGUUCUCCAUGCUGCAGGGCGAUUCACCUAAACAGUGGGCCAACAACGACUUCCGCAUGUUCAAAGGUGGUUCAGUAUGGCGUCCCCCGGUCAUGAACCUGUAUACCGCGGGUAUGCCGGACGAGUUGGUCGACGAGGACGAGUCCAAGGAGAAUAUUAGAGGCACGCUCUCCAACAACCAACGUGAUCGCCUCGAAGAACUAAUACGUGGGCUCACCCCGAACCGCACGGCCAUCGGCGAGGCAAUGGCGUGGUGCCUCGAGCACGCCGAGGCGGCCGGCGAGGUCACGCAAUGCCUCGCCGAGUCGCUCGCCGGCGAGACCACCGCGCCGCACAAGCGGGUGGCCAGGCUGUACCUGCUGUCGGAUAUACUGCACAACGCUCAGGCCAAGCUGACUAAUGCCAGCGCGUUUAGGAGCGCCAUCCAAUCCCGCCUGCUCGACAUAAUGCGCGACUGCCACGUGGCGUGGCUGCGCAUGAGCUCGCGGCUGCAGCAGGAAGGGUUCCGAGCACGCGUCACCCGCAUACUGCAGGCCUGGGCCGACUGGGCCGUGUACCCCGCCGACCUGCUGCUGGCGGCCAGCGACGCCUUCCGCGGACGGACCGACACGGACAAGGUACGUCACACACUGCCACGUGGCGUGGCUGCGCAUGAGCUCGCGGCUGCAGCAGGACGGGCCUGGGCCGACUGGGCCGUGUACCCCGCCGACCUGCUGCUGGCGGCCAGCGACGCCUUCCGCGGACGGACCGACACGGACAAGCAGGAAGGGUUCCGAGCGCGCGUCACCCGCAUACUGCAGGCCUGGGCCGACUGGGCCGUGUACCCCGCCGACCUGUUGCUGGCGGCCAGCGACGCCUUCCGCGGACGGACCGACACGGACAAGCAGGAAGGGUUCCGAGCACGCGUCACUCGCAUACUGCAGGCCUGGGCCGACUGGGCCGUGUACCCCGCCGACCUGCUGCUGGCGGCCAGCGACGCCUUCCGCGGACGGACCGACACGGACAAGCAGGAAGGGUUCCGAGCGCGCGUCACCCGCAUACUGCAGGCCUGGGCCGACUGGGCCGUGUACCCCGCCGACCUGUUGCUGGCGGCCAGCGACGCCUUCCGCGGACGGACCGACACGGACAAGCAGGAAGGGUUCCGAGCACGCGUCACUCGCAUACUGCAGGCCUGGGCCGACUGGGCCGUGUACCCCGCCGACCUGCUGCUGGCGGCCAGCGACGCCUUCCGCGGACGGACCGACACGGACAAGCAGGAAGGGUUCCGAGCGCGCGUCACCCGCAUACUGCAGGCCUGGGCCGACUGGGCCGUGUACCCCGCCGACCUGUUGCUGGCGGCCAGCGACGCCUUCCGCGGACGGACCGACACGGACAAGGGUUCCGAGCACGCGUCACUCGCAUACUGCAGGCCUGGGCCGACUGGGCCGUGUACCCCGCCGACCUGCUGCUGGCGGCCAGCGACGCCUUCCGCGGACGGACCGACACGGACAAGGUACGUCACACACUGCCACGUGGCGUGGCUGCGCAUGAGCUCGCGGCUGCAGCAGGACGGGUUCCGAGCACGCGUCACUCGCAUACUGCAGGCCUGGGCCGACUGGGCCGUGUACCCCGCCGACCUGCUGCUGGCGGCCAGCGACGCCUUCCGCGGACGGACCGACACCGACAAGGCGGAACUGGAGAACAUAGACGGCGUGUCAGACCCGGGGUCGGGCGGGUCGUCGCCCGCAUCCGGCGGCUCGUGGGCGGGCGGCGGCGCCGGGCCGCUCGACGGCGCCGCGCUGCGCCGCCUCGCCGCCGGCCGCCAGCCGCCGGUCAACGACAUCGACGGCGUGCCGGUGGAAGAAGAGGAAGACAUCGACGGGAUACCCCUCGAGGUGGAGAAGUCCCGGCCAGUGGGGGGCUUCAUCCCCUCCAAGUGGGAGAGCGUGGAGCCCACGGACUCGUGGCCCGAGCCCGCGCAGCCCCCGCCGCCACCCUCCAUCACUCCCACGCCACAACUCGACACGUACGUAGUGAAGGAUUUUUUAUACAAACUCCCUACGACCACCAGUACCACUGCCAACACAUCGAUGUCUGAAGAACUUUCGCUAAAGCGGUCAGUACUGCGCGACAUCGAGGUGAAAGUCCUGAAGUAUGCCGACGAGCUUGAGGCCGGGCACCGUGCGCGCCGCCCCGGAUUGACCCCGCAGCAGCAAUUGCAGCACUACCGCCGGAAGCUCAUCAAGAAGGCGUCCCGGGAAGCGAAAGAGGCAGUAGAAGAAUCAUUAGAGUUGCCCUCGCCGAGACGGCGGCUCUCUCCCGAAGACGAUACAUACUCGACUUCGUCGAAAAAGUCAAAGAAAUCUCGCGAUGCAUCCCUCUCGCCACCUGUGAAGAGAUCGCGCCACAGUGAGCGCAAGUCCCGUUCCCGCUCGCGAGACCGCGAGCGCUCGGGCGAGCGGCGCGAGCGAGAGCGAGAGCGCGAACAUCGGCGGCGCCGCUCCCCCGCCACGCCGCCCGCGCACCACCAUAGGAAACACGCCAAACACUCCAAAUACAAAUACUAGACGGUUACCAUACUAGGCUAGCACGGUGACAGAAAUCAAGGGGCCUAGCCAACUGACUGACAAUGGGUUUUAGAAAAUUGCCAAUCAUAAUUUAGAUGUAUCGAAAUAACCACGUGACUUUCGGUUCGAUGUGUCAUCCCGAUAGUUCUGCUUUUCGAUUGGCGGCGGCGCCAAACGACUGUCUUAGCCACCACGACCACGGGGUGUCUAGUAAAAUUACUUGACUACUUUGAAAACAUCUCAAAGAUGCGGUAACUCUAUACAACUACUCGUACAUAGUAGUACUCUUUUUUAUUUUGGUUGACAGUGCUAAAUGUAAGUCUACCAAAGUAGUAUACAAUUAAGUAUGUAUGUACAUUGUAAAAGUUGUACUAUUGAUAAUGAUAGGCUCUGAGCUGUUAUUGAGUUUACGACCUAAGAACGCACUGUGUUUGUAAAUAGAAUUAAGAUGAAUUAAAGUAACAAAUCGUGUAAGUGAUUUAUGUUUCCACCUAUAUCAAAUGCCACCAAUAUCUUUGCAUUUUUGAUUCAAAGCCGUGAAUUUUACUAUACCGUAGCGUACUUUGCAUUGCUUGGUUUUAACACCAAUGUCUAUUUUAUAUAAAACUUAGCAAACCUUUGUUAAAUUUUGUCCCUUUUGAACAAACACAAAUGUCGAAAUUACGAUAAAGACAAACGACUAAGGGCAAGUUGCACCAACCACAUUUGACAGGCUGAUCAACGUCACUCAGCAGUGAACUAUGAAACUUCCCAUACAAUAAAAUUUAACGAACGUUUUGACGGUCACGGGCGGUUUGGUGCAACUGGCACUUACAAGGGCUUGUUAGACUUAAUAGGCGUUUAUGAAUUACACGCUACUAAGUUUAAGAAUGUGAAUGUGUGUGUGAAUGAUAUUUAUGUGCGAUAUGUCAAGGUACUGUAACCACUUUUGUGCUUACAUUGUAAUUUGUAAAGGUUAACCUUUACAAAUUACAAUGUAUUAUAAUUAUGUAAUUUAUGUGACGUUCCACAGCAAAAGGUACCUUAUGGCGACUGGCGCUUACGACGCAUAGCACCGCUAUAAUAUUGGAGCGGCGUUAAUAAUAGCGUAAGCGCCAACCGCCAUAAGGUACCUUUACCCGUGAGAUGUCACAAAUGAAAUUACAAUUUAUGAUUGUAAUAAAUUUUUAUUUAAAUAAACAUUUUAAUUUCA